AUGAUUCAAACCAAGAAGAAACGCACUGACUUAUCUGUCCCUGGGUUUGUUAAAGAGCAGUGGGAAAAGGGGACUGCAUCGAAAGACGAGCUGGCUCAACUCUUGAUCGACGUCAACUGGGCGAAGGAUGCUUUUCUGUGCGAGCUGGAGCAGGUGAUCAAGAAGAUCAAGAAGAUCCAGCUGACACGUGAUGAAGGAUGGUACUCAGAGGCUGAACUCAAGGAGUCUCGCAUCAAGGGAGCCCGAGAGUUCUGUGAGAAGAAUCGUGCUACUCAUUGCAGGGCAAACCGCUAUGAUGGUAUCCAAGAGCUGUGGGUGGUGGUGCGCGAAACCGCUACUCAUGCAGAGAUCCAAGAGGUCUCGGAAACUCACAAAUCGCGGAGGAAGGCUGAUGAAGGUCCUCAGAUUGCUGCUGAUUCCUUUGCCAAAAUUGAUGCCUUUGCGGGACAGUGCAACAACACGGCUGUUGCUGAAGCA